AUGUCUGAAGAACCAAAGCCAGAGGCAGCAGAUUCCACCCAUAUUAACUUGAAGGUCACCGACGGUAGCUCCGAAGUUUUCUUCAAGAUCAAAAAGGUCACCCAAUUGAAGAGACUCAUGGAAGCCUUCUGUAAGAGACAAGGUCGUCAACCAAACUCCUUGAGAUUCUUGUACGAGGGGCAACGUGUUGAGCCGGAAGACACUCCAGAGAGUUUGGAAAUGGAAGAAGGUGACGUUAUUGAAGCUCACAGAGAACAAGUUGGUGGAUCCAUUUAA